AUGACGAACACAAAAGUAUCCUUACCGCAGCUUCAGACUCCGCGCGAGCUGCAUCAGUUGCCAAUGCGCGACAACUCCUACGACUGGUCCGAGAUUUCCGAGCUCUACGGAAUACACGUAUGGGCCGGUGCCUACCGCGGAAUAUUGAAGAACCUCACUGCAAUUAACCCAUAUCCCGACCUGCCAGGUGUCUGGCUGUUGAUCUUUGAAGAUGCCGAAGCGUACAGACAAGUUGUCUGGGAAAUGGACACGUACGCGAUAGUGCUCGACUGUCCAGCGCACCAGAGUCAUUUCGUGAUUCAAUGGGUAGAAGAAGUACUUAAAAAGCCGGUUGGCUAUGUUUGGUUCACUCGAGAUAUUAAAUCAAAGCCAAGAACGGAUAAGCCUUUCAUUCUAUCAGACAGCCACAUGCAGGUCACAUUUGUGCACAUGAAGCAGUCUGUCCACUGCAUCGAUUAUAGUUACUCUUUGGCGUCACCCAAGUGUUCAACCAACAGCAGCACCUCGGUUAUCUUCGACGCCGACGAUGCCAACCCAACAAACGGCUUGCUUCUCAAUGAUCAGUCCCUCUUGUUUGGGGCCUUGGCAGAUUAUGUUAGAGAUCGCGUUCCGCUUCAUUCAAUGUGA